UCGGCACCGCGAUUUUGCGUACAUUUCAACGUAGAUGUCAAAUGACAUAAAUCUGACAAAAUUUGAGCAGUUUCUGCAUUGUUUUCCAAAUCAGAUUUCAGAUUGACCAUGGAAGAUAUUGAUGAAGGCCCAUCCAUUGUAGUCGAGGCAGAAUCAGUGGACCAGCGUGGUGGUGGAGACGAAGACACACAGUCCGCCGUUCCAAGCGAGGCGCUGGCCGCUGUGGAGGAACUGAAGGAAGAACUGGACCAAAUCACAUUGGAACCGCCAAAAGUGGAUUUUAUGCCCACAGUUCAAAUUGAUGAGAACCUUCCAUCAUCAUACAAGGAGAACAACAACAAGGAAAAGUUGGUCCUACAAUAUGCCGAGAACUUUCGACGCCAGUAUGUGCACCUGUACCGCGACCGGAAACCGCUGCUGCUGUGUCCGCUCAAUGAGUGCAGGGUGGAAAAGUUUGUCUGCACAACCAUUCGCCCGACCCUCCUGCCAUACCACCAGCUGUACGACUACGACGGAUGUGCCGAGUUUGUGUCAGAUUACAUCACAUUUGAGCCAUUGAUACAUGCCAUUGAACUGCCCAAGACAAUGGUGUCGCCCACCAAGGUUCUGAAGACACAACGGGGCAACUGCUUUGAGAUCAGUACACUGUUGUGUUCUCUGCUACUGGGCACAGGCUAUGAUGCAUAUGUAGUGUGUGGAUAUGCUACUAGGGAAACUACACUGUGUGAUGAAGCCAGGGAAAUCUGUCCUUUGCUGAAGAUGAAAAAUGAGGUUAAGAAGGAGGAGCAGAAGAAAGAAGUGAAGAAAUACACUGUGAAACCCCCAAAGGACCUACGUAGCAAGUUCAUCUUAAAGCAGGAGGCGAGAGAGGUUGAAGCCCAGCGAAAAGAGGAGGAGAAGAGACGCAAAGAGGAAGAGGUGAAGCAGGAGGAGCUAGAAAAGCCCCCAGAUGAUGAGCUCUUUGGCCUGCGCGUCCACAGCUGGGUCCUGGUGCUAGCAGGCAAGCGGGAGGUCCCAGAGAACUUCUUCAUCGAGCCCCUGACAGGCAACACCUUCCCCACCAGUCACGAAUCCUUCCUGGGCAUCGAGUCCCUGUGGAACAACAACAACUACUGGGUCAACAUGCAGGAUUGCUCCAAUGGGUGCAAGGACCUCAUCUUUGACCUUGGAGACUGCACCCGAUGGGAGUACAUGUUCCCAAACAAUGAGAAGCCAGUGUUGGAGAUACCCGAGCUAGAGAUGGAUGGCUUGGAUCUGGAGGAUGAUGAGGACGAGGACAAGGAAGAGGAGAAGAACCUGGACAUGCCCACCUCGUGGGUGGAUGCCCUGGAGCUCUCCCUGACUGACUUCCAGUCCAGGUGCCCCCAGGGUAAAAAGACACUACUGUACAAAAGGGCCAAGCUGGAGAAGUUUGCACACUACCUAGUCAGGGAUGGCAUGGUCACCAGGCUGUCCAUUUUUCAUGACAAAGAAUUGAAAGAUCUGAUCCAAGUCAAGGAAUGGUUUGCUCAUCGGAAGGACAUGCUGGACCUGAGGAUCCACAAUCACAGGACAGGCAUUGUGACUGAAUACUACAAGGAAGGACGUCAAAGACACCUCAAAGAGCACAUUUAUAAGGCAGGCAGCCCUGGGCCCGAAACUGACCGCACCAUGAUAUUCUUCCACCAUGCCCGCGUGGACGGCCUGGUCAAGCGCGAGGAGACUCCCUUGGAGAUGACGGAGCACUUCCUGGAGCGUGAUGAUUUCCUGUUCUACAGGCACGUGACAUACGGCAAGCGACAGCGCCGGCUGGAACCUGCCAGCACUUUGCCCAGCUCCAACCCAAGGCCUAUCUUGAAAAUUGUGGAUCGCUUUCAUCGCAAUACAGCUCAGCCAGCCAGUGAGGAUAUCGCAGAAUUAGUCUUCCUAAUCUCUGAAGAUCGCAUCCAGCUUACAUUUCAUCACCAGGAUGAUAAGAUCACAGCCUCAACAAGGGACUUCCUCAAACCAGCCAAUGCCAAUGACAAGGGUGCAAUACUGAUGUACUCUCCAGAUAUGACAUCCACAUUCCAGGUGGAUCCCCAUCAGAGAUCUGCCAAGAAUCUCUACAUCUACAACCUUUUGGUGUCGCUGGUUGAUCAGGAAGAUAAGACCAUCGCAAGCGUGCGUGAGUCCGAAGAGGAGGUGAGGGAAAUUCUAAAUGAUAGAAUGACUGAGGAGUCACGCUCCGAGCUUGAAAUCUCCGUCUAUGACACCGAGAGGAAUGAGAAGGCCAAACAGAAUAGAGUUGAAAGGGAGCGCCUCCAGAUGGAGGAGAAGAAGCGACGUGAGGAAAUGGAGCUGGACUACCUGGCACCGUUCCUGGCCCAGAUUGGUGACCCAGAGAGGCUGAACAGACAGCAGGCUUUGAAGCUCAAGGAAGACUGCCUGGCCGACCUCAAGCAGAGGCUCAUCGACAAGGCCAAUCUCAUCCAAGCACGAUUUGAGAAAGAGACGGCGGAGCUACAGAAGAAGCAGAACUGGUACCAGCAGAACCAGGUCAACAUGCACAAGGACGACGAGGAGGAGUAUCUGGCCUUCUGCAGCGAGGCCAUGUUCAGAAUACACAUCCUGGAGCUCAGACUCAACAGACACAAGGAGAAUGCCCCUCACAAAUACAUGGCACUGGAGCAGAGACUACGGACAGAUUCACGACUGUCGGAACACUUCUAAGAUGCAUUCCUUGUCUUUCAAAGCCACCACUGCAACUAAAGAUCACAGUCUGGAUGUUUAAAAGUGGUGGCUGUGUCCCUCUACAGUCUGUAAUUGACUACUUGACUGCUUGAUAUUGUCCCCAAAUUUAUCCUACACUGGUAUACAAGACCAAGUUAAGAUAGCUCAGUCUAGUUGCUUAUGCUGUGUUUCUAAUUUGUGACAUCAGCCGUAGGUUUAUCACUGGAUUUGCCUGAAGCCGAUUGGAACACAGUUAACCACUUUGCCUCAGGAUUAUUUCACAGUGAUCUGGCCACAACUGAUCUGAUGAUCCUCAACCUGAGGAUUAUCAGAUCAUGCUUGUGAGUACGCUGCAUAGCUGUCACGUGACGUAGUGUGGAUUCACACAUCAUCCCCUGCUGAGUGGUUCACAAAGUUAUCCUCAUCUGGGUUACAGGAGCUUGAGCUGUGCAGCACACCUCAAUGUUGUUGCCACCAUUUUACAGUUAGUUUCAGACCAGGGCCAUAGAGAACCAAUGAUGUCGACCUGUUGCACAUUGUU